CGGUAUGCACCGGAAGAAUGAAGCGCUCUGCUCUUUGGCCUGCGACUGAAAAUAACCCGAUCAGCUGAUGGGUACUGACAACAACAACCAGAGAGACCGAACAGGGACGGGGUUAUACUUUUAACACAAUACAAUGCCUCUUGAUCAGUGCUGGCAUUUUUAAUAUCAAGAUUUUUGCCGUCUUGAAACGUGUUUGAUAUUUGUAUUUCUCAGGAAAACGCGCUCCUUAUUUUAAAACGUACCGCAGUUACAGUAUCCCUGAGUCACUCGGUCGCUUCUUUUUCCUGUGUUGUUUUUACUAGGGGUUGUGCCGAGAGACUUGUUCUGUUGUUGUGUAAAAAUAAGUCUUCGGUUUUCCUUUUUUUGUGUUCAAUUGCUUUGAUACGCGCCUGUUUUAAUUUGUGUGCGUUUCUUUCUCAAAACGACACGAACGUCAUCUGUAAAAUAAAUGAUUUGUGAAAUUAUAAGAAAACUGUUCACUUUUCUUUCGUUAAGAAAAUAGAAUAAAAAAAAAAAACACAACAACAAAAAACACAUAUAAAUGUCGAAAAAGACCGUUGUAUUUAAUAAUUUCAGGGGAAAUAUCUGUGUGGCAGACUAGGUUCUAGUUAGAUUAUAAAAUAAAUCGAACACAACAUAGCAGCCUUUAUAAAUGGUGCUUUCUCAAAAUAAAGCGUAAGGAAUGAUGCAGUCCGACUGGGUAUGUUGACUUAUGUUAUUGUUGAGGACUACUUGAUAAAAGUGUUGCUGCACGCGCUUAUCUUGGUUUUGAUAAGUCAAUUUAUGUGUGGAUGAAACUAAGUAAACAAACACAAAAAAGCCAUAACUAAAAUAUAAGGUCGUUAUUAUUAAACAGUACUUCUUGGUUAAGAAUAGGUAGUUUAUAUCACUGUUAUUGGAAUUGUCUGUGUAAAUGUGGUUAUGUUGUAAAAACAACAACCUUGUAUUACAAUUUAAAUGUAGCUUUUGUUGUUGUCAUGUUCAAAUUGUGCUAAGCUUUUAUAAAAAAAACAAAAAAAAAAACAGACUGGUUUAGUGUUCCUUUCUUGUGGAUAUAUUAAACAGAUAUAAGCUAUGCAAGAAGUUUUUGGCGGACUUAUUUUGUUGUAAACUAGUGACUAAUAAUAAUAACAGGAAUAAUAUUAUUUAAAAAAAAAACAUCACCAUUGUACCUUAAGUGAUUGUCUUAAAGAGUUUUGCGUUUUAAUAUUUUUUGUACACUAUUUUUUUUUUAUUUUUUGUUAAAAAGGAUUAUGCAUGUUUAGUAAUAUUAAUAAUAGAUAAAAACAAAAUAAAAUACAUACUUCACUUGUAGGAACCAAACAAGGGUGACAUAGGAUUCAGGCCCUCUGUAUUCAGUAUCUGAACAGGUCUGUCUUUUAUUGGUAGUACUGGUACUUUUAAUUUAUAGUGUAAGGAUUGAAUAUCAGUGUAGCAAUGAGUGCCCAAGCUCCAUCCUCAGAGAAAGGAGUGAACACUGGCCUGGUGUGCCAGGAGAACUAUGCCUGUGGUGGCUCAGAGGAAGCCCUGUUCGAGUGUGAUGAGUGUGGGAGCCUGCAGUGCCAGCGAUGUGAACUGGAGCUGCACCGUCAGGACCGGCUCAAGAACCAUGAGCGGGUCCGCAUCGGGCCAGGACACGUCCCCUAUUGCGACACCUGCAAGGGGGCCAGUGGCAGCCUGGGGUUCGGGCACCGGCAGAGAGCAGCCAUCAGGUGCCAAGGAUGCAAGACCAAUCUGUGCGCCGUCUGCCAGAAGCGCACCCACAGCGGGGUGAACAAGAGGAAGCACCCCAUCAGCGCCUACCCCCCCAGCAAUGCCACAGAGGGGGCAGCAGCCGUGGAUGAGGGGGAGGCCCAGAAGAGACGGCUCCUCGAGAGGGUCCGCUGCUUCCUCCUGGUGGACGAAAACGAGGAGAUCCAGGUUGGGGAUGAGGAAGAAUUUGCCAAGAAGCUGGACUGCAAGCAGGACGAGCAUCUCAAAGUGGUGUCAAUUUUCGGCAACACGGGUGAGGGAAAGUCCCACACGCUGAACCACACCUUCUUCAUGGGUAGGGAGGUGUUCCAGACCUCUCCCGCCCAGGAGUCCUGCACUGUGGGGGUGUGGGCAGCUCUGGACCCCCUGCACAGAGUGGUGGUGAUGGACACGGAGGGGCUGCUGGGCACCAGUUCAAACCUGGGGCAGCGCACCCGGCUGCUGCUUAAGGUCCUAGCAGUGUCGGACUUGGUGAUCUACCGCACACACGCUGACCGGCUGCACGAUGACCUUUUCAAGUUCCUGGGCGAUGCCUCGGACGCCUACCUGAAGUACUUCACCAAGGAGCUGAAGGCCACCACUGCCCGCUUCGGCCUGGACGUACCUCUGUCCACUCUGGGGCCGGCGGUCAUCAUCUUCCACGAGACUGUGCACACCACACUGCUGGGCUCAGACAAGCCGUCGGACUCCCCGGAGAAGCUGCUGCAGGAGCGCUUCAGGAAACUGGGACGCUUUCCAGAGGCCUUCAGCUCUGUCCAGUACCGAGGCACGCGCACCUACAACCCCCCCACCGACUUCUCAGGACUGCUGCGGACUGUGGAGCAACAGCUGAGCAACAACACCAUGCGCUCCCCCCGCCCGCCACGCGUCAUCUACAAGGCCCUGCAGGCUUUGAGUGAGCGCUUCAGUGGGGAGAUCCUGGACGAGCACAUGGCUCACAGCUCCUUCUUCCCUGACGAAUACUUCACUUGCUCCUCCCUCUGCCUCGGCUGUGGGUCUGGCUGCAAGAACAGUAUGAAUCAUGUCAGGGAGGGGGUGUGCCACGAAGCCAAGCAGCGCUGCCGCUACUCCCCACAGUACGACAACAGAAUCUACACCUGCAAGGCUUGCUAUGAGGCUGGAAAGGAGGUGAUUGUGGUUCCCAAAACCUCUGCGUCCUGCGACUCACCCUGGCUCGGUCUGGCUAUAUAUGCCUGGUCUGGGUAUGUGAUCGAGUGUCCGAACUGUGGGGUGAUCUACCGGAGCCGGCAGUACUGGUUUGGGAACCAGGAUCCUGUGGACACUGUGGUGCGCACUGAAAUCGAGCACAUCUGGCCUGGGUCGGACGGCUUCCUGAAGGAUAACAACAAUGCGGCUCAGAGGCUGCUGGACGGAGUGAACUUCAUGGCCCAGUCCGUCUCCGAGCUUAGUGUCAAGCCGGCCAAGGUGGUGACCUCCUGGCUGACCGAUCAGAUCGCUCCCGCCUACUGGAGACCCAACUCUGAGAUCCUGAAAUGCCACAAGUGUGACUGCCCGUUCCAGGAUAAUGACACCAAGCACCACUGCCGGGCCUGCGGGGAGGGCUUCUGUGACAACUGCUCCUCCAAGUCCAGGCCAGUGCCUGAGCGGGGAUGGGGGCUGGGCCCUGUGCGAGUCUGUGACGUGUGCUUCGAGCAGAGAGGGGCACGCCAAGAUUUACAGGAGGCUGAGUUGGAGGAGGAAGGAGGGACGCUGAUCGCCAGGAAGGUUGGAGAGGCUGUACAGAACACGCUGGGGGCUGUAGUGACCGCCAUGGACAUCCCCUUAGGUCUGGUGAAGGAUGCGGCCCGGCCGGUCUACUGGGUCCCUGACCACGAGAUCACACAGUGCCAUCACUGCUGCCAGCCGUUCAGCCCCAAGCUGUCAAAGCACCACUGUCGGGCCUGCGGACAGGGCUUCUGUGCCGAGUGCUCCCAGGAGCGUCGCGCCGUGCCCUCGCGAGGCUGGGACCACCCCGUCAGAGUCUGCCUGAACUGCAACCAGAAACCUGGGGACCUCUAGCAGGACGGCCGGGGGUCCCUCUCCCAACCCACCCCCAUCCCAGGAGAGCGUGCUGGAAUACACACUGUAAACCCCUUUUAGAUUGCAAGCUCCAAGAAAUCAGGUUAGACACCAUGAAUUGCAACGGUGAAGGACAAGACUGUUGCAAUGCAUAGUGUACAGUGCUGUUGGGAGACAGUGAUUACAUGGACAUAGCUAACGUGAUGGCAUGCUAUUGAAGGAGGGUUUCCGGUAUGCAGGGUUGUGGUCAGGUCGCUUCACUGCAAACGAGGAGUACAGCUGAGAGGUUGAGUUACUGCACAGUGGGCCAUAUUCAUCAAGGUCUUGACACCAAAAUGCAAUUUGCUUAUUUUUUCGUCCAAGUAAAAUAAAACUAUUAGUCUUAAAAAACUUUUAAAAGACACUUUAGAAGGUUUAAUUAAGGACUUCAGUUAAGUGUGCUGAAGUGGUUUGUUACUAGAAACAUUAACAAUGUUAUUUUUCUUUACAGUACAAUGCGAUUUGAACAAUUGUUUUUUUGAAAAUGUGGGCCGAUGUGCUCUGCAUUGAAUCAACUUCCACUCUGGCCAAUAGAGUACAGCUCCCAAAAAAUAAAAAUCCUUGUAAUGUGUCCUAUAGCACUGUAACAAUCAUUUUCCUAAGUCUCUGUGACUGGAAGUUAUGGGAAUGUGCAGCACAUCAUGUGGAAACUCCCUGCCAUGUACCAGUGCGCUCUUUCUCUCUGGAACCAAUACCUUCUCUUCAACACUGCAGUGUAGUCCUCAAGACUUUAUAACCACCUUGUGUAUUAUUAGGGUUCCUGGGUUUCAGUUUUUUUCUUUUCAGCAUUUAUGGUCUUUUUUUACUUGCAGCUUUUAAAUCUAAUGGGUGGAGAAAAACAAUCUAAUGGAGUGGAUUUAGUGUAGUCAAAGAACAGAAUUACAAAAUUAAGAAAGAAAAAAUCAUUGCAGUAAACCAAAAGAAAACCCCGAAUUGGUUACUCAUCAUAUAUUUUAUUAAAGGUAGCAUUUAAUAUGAGAAGUUCGCUGCUUCUAUCAUUGGCUGGUUACAAUACCUAAGUGGCACUGGCCUUAUUGACUGGUCAUGAGUGAUUAAGCUUUUUUAUUUGACCUGCAGGACAUUCAAAUUAAGUAUUAAAAAAAAAAAAAAAAAAAAAAUCUAGCUGUAUUCAUUUUUAUUUUAAUGAUGCAUUGUUGGUUUACUGCUGGUUUCACAGAGCCCGAUUAGCACUAAUCUACUACUCUACCUUACCAUAGUGCUAGAUUAAUCUAAUCAGGGUCCAUGAAACUUAUUGAUAAGCUGAAAACGGGAACCCUGCAAUAUAAUUAGAAUAGAAUUAUGUCUGGAUGCUAAAGCGGAAGGGAUAUAUAUAUAUUACACAUACACAAAUAUAUGUGUGUGUGUAUAUAAUAUUUAAACACACAGUUACUCACAUACACAUAUAAAUUACAUAAAUUGGUCUAACAGCACUCAAUCUCAGUCCCUGUUUAAAAAUAAAUAAAUAAAGAAUUCGGAGUUUGAAUAUUUAGGUGAUAAAAAAAAAAACAGGAAAAAACGUAAAACAUGCUUUCUAUACCUGCUAAUUUUUCCAUAGUAGAGCAAUUUAAUAUAUAUUUAAGACAAGAGUCAGUAGCUGCUAAAAUUAGAAUUAUGCCACCUGAACCAUACUGAACACAACUGUAUGACACUAAAGCACCCAGAAACACUUUUUGAUGUACAUAGCAUAUGUUUUAUUGCUGUAGCUGAGCUAUUGGAAUAACCAGACUCUGAUCAUGUAGUUAAUUUAGUUAAAGGUAGAAUACAUUAAAUAAUUACCUUACUUAUGUGUUCAUUCAUGUUAUUUACUUUCCAAUUCUUGAUUUGAUUCCAUUUUUUUUUUAUCACAUCCUUGAAACUUGAAAAGUUUUAUCUUGGCCAGAUUCAUAGCAAUAUCUUCUAAAGAUCAUUUGAAGAUGCUUCUAGUUAGUUACCCACAAGGACGAUUUGCAUCAUCAAUGACUAAAGGCAAGAGAAUAACUAAUUCCAUUGUUAGUGUCACCUUCAACACCUGUGUGAGCUUUCUGUUCUGAAAAAAAAACAAAAAACUGCCAGAUUCAGUGCAACUCAUUAACAGCAGCAAUUAACUCAACUAGCACAUUACAACACAAUUGUCAAUAGGGAAGCUUGCACAGGUGUAGACUAAUAAUCAAAUUAGUCUUACAAUGAUGACACUAAAAGCCCUUGUGGGGAACCAACUAGAAGCAUCUUGUAAUGGUCUUUAGUAGACAACAUAUUGUAAUAAUCCUUGCAGAGCUCUGACGUUUUCAACUAAGUUUUAAGGAUAUGAUGAAAAACCAAAGCAAACCAAGAAUUGGAAACCAAAUACCAAGAAUGAUAUGUGACCGAAUUAUUUAAUAUUGAACACUCUGUUUAUUCUCCCUUUAAGGAGAAGGAAUUUUGAAAUAAAAUAAUUAGCUUCUAACAUCCAGGUUUAGUGCUGGCUGUUUGUAAUGAACCAUUCUGCAUGGUAGAUGUUUCUGUUCGUUAUGUAAAAUACACAUUUUUAUUUUUCUGCUGCCCUCGUCAGUGUGAUGUCACUGAUCAGUGUUAUUUGUAUCCCAGAUGUGACAUAUUUAAAGGAAUCUGAUAUAAAGACUUUAGGCUCCUUGUCAGAGGCAGUGGGGUACCCUCUGCUUUUCUAGUCUUGUUUUAAGUGCUUGUUUGAAGUUUCUCCCAGAAUGAUGGCAAUUUGUGAACUCUCAUCCCUAACUUCUUCAAUUAAGAAGAAGGCUGGGGGUUUGUAAAGAGAGGUUCAGAAUUUCCUUCUUGUUUGAUAAAUUUCCUCUUGUAAAGAAGUCUCUGUUGUCUCGUCAUUGGAUGUCUUGCAUUAUUUUGUCUGGUCUUCAGAAUCGGUGAAAGUGUUCAUUGUUUUGGAUCAUUCCAGCUCAAGUAGAUCAGUGGAGGUUUCCUGACCCCUGUCAAUUAAUAAUUGUUUGUUAAAGUCAUUGAAACUAGCUUAAAAAUGAUACUGAAUUUCUCUGUCUAGUAUAGAGAAAGGUGGGCAUUUGUAUUACCUCCAUACAGUCACACAAUCUCAGCAAGCUCAAGUCAGCUACUCUGGUCCACUUGAGCUGGAAUAAUCCUGAAAAUUGUGUUGGGUGUUUAUGCUUUUCUUUUCCUCUCAACUGUUGUACCAAACUUUUCCUUUUGUCCUAAAAUCCUCUACCAUGCUGCACAUUGAGUUCUGAACCAGGUAGAAAAUAAAUGCAAAGUUGCCAUAUUUUAACUCGGGCACUGGUGUUGA